AUGUGCAAAGCCCAGGUCCUCAUCUCCGCGGCCUUCUCCGAAAUCGAAGGUCCCCUCGUCAAGCGUCCAGCGGGCAAUCAGAAGUCUGGUUGGAAUCAGAUGCCUUCCAGAGAGAUGCCACGGGAACUCUUGUUUCAAACAGACCCGGGCAUCCUGCGACUCUUGCAGAAGGACAAAAUCUUGCCGGAUGGGCCAGAAGGCCUUUUACUUCAAAAGCAGGCCGCUGCGCUUCUACUCCGACUUGUCAAUGUGCCGUUGGCGGACAUCCACAACUCGACACACAUGAACCACAAAGCCAUUGAGAAGCUGAACAAGAGCUUGCUGUUUCUUCGCAGAGGCUACGUGCAGGAGGCUGAGGAAUCCAUUCUCUUCGGUGGCAACGCGAAGAACUGGAAAGAUGUCGAGGUGGAUGAGGCCACCUUCGACAAGAGUCCUGGAGCCAUGCGCAAGGUGGAUUGGAAACCGAUGGCCAACAAGUGGCUCAAGGAUCGCUCAGUCGUACUUCACUCGGACUCCGCGCGUUCCUAUCGCAUGACGCUUUCUGGUGUCGUCCACGAUGAUGUGACCCACAACAAGCGGCGAGUGAAGCGGGACGCCGACUCAAGACAAAGGCAGGUGCUCAAUUCAUCGACAGAGCUUGACCCGCGGGUAUCAACCAUCUCUGAAGGCACCGGCGACAUGGGUUUCGAGAAGUCGGACGUGGCUGCGGCACUCGCGGAGGCAGCUGGCGAUGCAGACGAGGCUCUCAACGCCCUGCGCAAGCGGAAGCUCGCCACAGAUUCCGCCGAGGUUGCCGAGACACGGAACGCGAAGAAGACACGAACUGCUCUGGAGGUCGAGGGCUUGCCCUGCAGAGCCGUUGGCUCUCAACUGCUUCUGCAGCUUCCGCAGCUGGGCGUGGACGGCCCGCCGGUCGGGAGGGUCCGAAAGGACGGCAGCAUGCUCCUGGAGGUCGACGAGUGGAUUCGAGAGCUCUUCGACGCCACUCCCCCCCGAGCAGGGACAACUUGCUUGGAAGGCUUCCACGCGGGCGCCGCCGCCGACGCUCUGAGGGAGCACAGGCCUUGGUUAUGGCAAGGCUUCGCCACUGAGAAGGAGGUUCAAGACGCUGCCGCGGAGAUGGAUGAUCUCCGGGAGAGAGGGGUGCUGAAGGCUGCGAAUGCGGACACCACCGGGGCGCAGAAGGCUCGCAGUGACCGCAUCGCAUUUCUCGAGCUGGAUGACGAGAAGUCUCCAAACUGUCUUCUGCUUUUUCGGCGAAUGGAGGCGGCAGUUGCCACGCUGCGAUGGAGCGAGGGAGGUCAGUUGCUGCGCCCAAAGUUCGGCAUGGCAGCAGUCUACGACAAAGGCGGAAGCUAUGCUCCGCAUCGCGACAAUGAGCGCACUGGCCAAAGACUACGCCAGUGGGUGAAUUUCCGCGCAUUGACGGCAGUGAUUUACGUGAACCCAUCCGGCUUCACCUCCCCUGAGGAUGGCGGGCAGCUGCGGUGUCACCUAGGAGCAAGGAUCGAUGAUCUCAACGGGGCCACCGCCCUCGAAGUGCAGGAUGUUGCUCCUCGGGGUGGCCUUGCCGUUCUCUUUCCCGCGCGGCGAGUCCUGCACGAGGUCUUGCCUAGCUUCCGACAGCGCUAUGCCUUGACGCUUUGGUUCCUGGCCCCAGGAGCCGGCUUGGACUGA